AUGGAGUAAGAUUCAUCCAACGAGUCGAAUGGGGAGCGCAGCCUCCAGAAGAAAAACCCAAAAAAUUAGAAAUAAUUCCUGCGCCAUAUGUAAUUAUCAGUCACACAGCAUCAGAAUCUUGCAACAAUCAAGCGGAAUGUAUCCAACGCGUCCGAUUAGCUCAGACGAUGCAUAUAGAAGGCAACGGAUGGGCUGACAUCGGCUACAACUUCCUGAUUGGAGGCGAUGGGCUCGUCUACGUUGGCCGCGGGUGGGAUAUUGAAGGUGCUCACGCAUUUGGAUUUAAUCGCAAGAGCAUUGGGAUCAGCUUUAUUGGCACAUUCAACAAAGAAACUCCACCGAGAAGACAAAUUCACGCGCUGGAGAAAUUGAUCGAGCUUGGUGUUAAAAAUGAAAAAAUCAGUGGGAAUUACAAACUCCUUGGACAUCGUCAGGUGUCGGAAACUUUGAGUCCUGGUGAUGUUUUAUUUGGAAUUAUCAAAGUAAUGGAUCAUUGGUCUGAGAAACCUUAA